AGUCCCAGUCGCUUCCCAACCCACCUAACUCUCCCAGUUAAUUGCUAUAUAAACUAAGAUCAUACGUACGUUGUAAGAUUAAGAGGCUAAGUGUUAAACCCAACAAUGGAUCAAUACAAAGGUUCAGAUGUAGACAAGUAUAGAUGUUUCAUGAGUGGAGAAGGUGAGAAGAACACCAAAUGGAAGUUGGGUGUACCCCCUAACUAUGAUGCAAUCAACGAACUCUUUGAAGAAGGCAGAACCAAGAUAUGGCCGGCAGGUUCACUGGGAGAGCAAGUUCAGAAUCUUGUGAAAACAUGGGAAAUGGAGUUGGUCCACAAACCGAAUUCCCAAGAUCAUAAGUCUGUUGAUGUCACAAAGCUCACAAUUUCUGUUAAUGGCAGGAAGCCCUUGAAAAUGGAAGAUGUGGGUAAGAUAGGUGGGGGGUACAAUAUGUUUCUUCAAACUUCGUUGCCAGAAGAUCUACGACUGUAUAAUCCUUCUGAUGAAACUGGGGAUACGUCUCAUGAUAUCUUCACAAACACAUUUACUCGUGGUUUUGCGUUGGAGGUUCUUGAGGUUUACUCAGGUCCUCCGGUGAUUGCAUAUAAGUUCAGGCAUUGGGGUUACAUGGAAGGUCCAUUCAAAGGUCAACCGCCUACGGGGGAAAUUGUUGAAAUGAUUGGUGUCUCUACAUUCGAGUUGGAUGAACAAUUCAAGAUCGUGAAGAUCCAGUUUUUCUACGAUAGAGGAGAGUUUCUUGCGGGUUUUAUCAAGGGUGGGAGUUCUGUGACCACCACCCAAGAUUCCACCAUUGAUGUAGGCUCUUCAAGAUGCCCCUUUUCUUAA